AUGAGCUCGAGCUCCGGGCUGCUGUGCUCCGAGCACACGCGCUUCGUGCAAACCGCGCAGCUAAGCGUGAUCGUGACGUUCUUUCUCAACUUCAUCAAGUCGUGUCCAAGCUGGUACACGGCCAGCUCGAUCCGUGCGCUGGGCCAGGUGCUGCACGACAACGCGGACCGCGCCAGCGGCGAGUUUGAGCUGCUGUUCGCCAUGCUGCUCAAGCACAUGGACCCGACGGGUGUGGACAUCGAAGCGCACUACGCUGCGACGAGCUGCAUGUCGAACAUCUGCACGCAGGCGGGCAGGACGCCCGAGGUGUACCACUACUUUUCGCCGUUACUUCGGAUGGUGGUGGAGAACUUUCGGCAGCAAGCGCAGAGCCUGACCAAGGACCAGAAUGACCGAAUCCUCGUCAAGGCCUGCACAUGCAGCAUGAAGUGCGUGUUCACGAUCAUCAACUUUGACCGCUUGAACGGCCGCAUCGCUGCGACGCUGCCCAGUCUAGCAUUUUGA